AUGGCAGCCGACGACACCAAGCAUCGCUCAAGCAUUAAUACCAAUGUCUCUAUGUAUGUUAAAAACAAUUACCCUUCAGUUAGUACCUACUGGGAGAGUGUCUACUGGGAGAGUGUCUACCGGGAGAGUAUCUACUGGGAGAGUGUCUACUGGGAGAGUGUCUACCGGGAGAGUGUCUACUGGGAGAGUGUCUACCGGGAGAGUGUCUACUGGGAGAGUGUCUACUGGGAGAGUGUCUACCGGGAGAGUGUCUACUGGGAGGGUGCCUACUGGGAGAGUGUCUACUGGGAGAGUGUCUACUGGGAGAGUGUCUACCGGGAGAGUGUCUACUGGGAGAGUGUCUACUGGGAGAGUGUCUACUGGGAGAGUGCCUACUGGGAGAGUGUCUACUGGGAGAGUGUCUACUGGGAGAGUGCCUACUGGGAGAGUGUCUACUGGGAGAGUGUCUACUGGGAGAGUGUCUACUGGGAGAGUGUCUACUGGGAGAGUGCCUACUGGGAGAGUGUCUACUGGGAGAGUGUCUACUGGGAGAGUGUCUACUGGGAGGGUGCCUACUGGGAGAGUGUCUACUGGGAGAGUGUCUACUGGGAGGGUGCCUACUGGGAGAGUGUCUACUGGGAGGGUGUCUACUGGGAGAGUGCCUACUGGGAGAGUGCCUACUGGGAGAGUGUCUACUGGGAGGGUGCCUACUGGGAGAGUAUCUACUGGGAGAGUGCCUACUGGGAGAGAGCCUACUGGGAGAGUGCCUACUGGGAGAGUGUUUACUGGGAGAGUGUCUACCGGGAGAGUGUCUACUGGGAGAGUGCCUACUGGGAGAGUGCCUACUGGGAGAGUGCCUACUGGGAGAGUGCCUACUGGGAGAGUGCCUACUGGGAGGGUGCCUACUGGGAGAGUGUCUACUGGGAGAGUGUCUACUGGGAGGGUGUCUACUGGGAGAGUGCCUACUGGGAGAGUGCCUACUGGGAGAGUGCCUACUGGGAGAGUGCCUACUGGGAGAGUGCCUACUGGGAGAGUGUCUACUGGGAGAGUGUUUACUGGGAGAGUGUCUACCGGGAGAGUGUCUACCGGAAGAGAGCCUACCGGAAGAGUGCCUACCGGGACAGGGCCUACCGGGAGAGGGCCUACCGGAAAGCAUUGUUAAUGUAA